UCAAAAGAAUGUACUACAAAGGAUAUAUAAAGUCCUACAUGGAAGGUUAACAGAAAAAGCGUAAUCAUCAUAAUGUCUUCCCAGAAUGUUACACAAUGUAUUGAGAAAGAAACACUGAAACAUCCUAUUCGCGGGUUAUGGAGAAAUGAAGACCAGCCUGAGUGUGAUGGUAACGAAGAUGUAGUUUUUGAGAACUGUUUAAAGGAAACGUUAUUAAAUGUGGAAAGACUUUCAAAAGCGUCAAUUGCCAUUCCAGAUGAACAAAAAAGAGAAGACAUCGACAAAAUUGAUUACUUCGACAGCGAGGACGAAUACUGGGAAAAUCAUACCUCGACAAGGGAGGACGAUUUCUAUUUCGAUGCAUUUGAAAAUGGAUACGGUUCUCCAUCUUUAGGCUCAAGAAAUAUAGGAAGAUAUAGCCAGGGAGUAGAACAGUACAUGAAUAUGCCAGUCUUUCAAAGGUCUUUACGAAAAUUUGCAAAUGACAACAAUUUUGAUGUACAUGACGUCAUUUCCGAUGGGAACUGUAUGUUUCGGGCUAUUGUUGAUCAAUUGCUUAUCAAUGGCUGUCUGGGGCAUUCGAUAGAGUCUCUUAGACACACAACAAUAAAGUAUCUAAGACAAAAUCCCUUCCAUCAAGACAAAGGUCACCUAUCUUCCUUUUUAUCAGAGGAAACAUGGGAGGAAUAUCUGACAAGAAUGUCGAGGUCUGGUGAAUGGAGCGAUCAUAUCAUUUUACAGGCUGUCGCUGAUUUGUUCUCCCUCGAAGUCAUCGUCUUCAACGUCUAUCGUGAUGACAUAUGUCGGACUGAAGUGAAAGGCAAAAUGUGCAAGAAUCAUCAAAAUCGCUUGACAAUAUUUCUUGGUCAUCUUGGCGAGUUCCAUUAUUUAAGUUUGCGUCCAAAACUAUGGUUAAGACACUGGCCUUACAAGGUUCUAAUACUAAGGAUCCUAGCCUGUUCAAAGGACAUUGACUCUGAUACGAAAAGACAUUUUAUAGCACAACAGGUGAAAAGAAUGGUUGACGAAAGAUUCAUACCAGAGACAACAUUACAGGAAGUUGCCAACUUUGCUCUGCACAAGAUCGAUGAGGACGAGGACGAAGACGACGGUAUGGAAGUGAAAUAUACCAAUAACAGGGAACGGACACGUGUCUUCAGACCAUAUAUCCAAAUGGGUCUUCAGUCUGGAGAAACUGAAGGUAACUUUUAUGUUGAGAGAAGUAUUAAAUAUUCUGUAAUUGGCGAAGUACAAUGA